AUGAUUAUAUCGUACUAUUUGGUACCGCUUGUGUUGCCGUUGUACAUCGCACAAGUAACGGUAUCAAAUGAUGGCGAUCAGUCAAUACAAGCAGACCUGGGAAAUGGCGAUAAAAUAAUUACUAUGGCUAGUGAUAAUAAAGCAAACGAAAAACGAUUCAAAUGUAUAGUAUGCGAUAGAACGUUCAAAACAUCCGGCAAUUUGAAGAAACACGAUUUGACGCACGGAAACGUACGACCAUUCAAAUGUGCUAUGUGCGAUAAAGCUUUCAAACAGUGUCGCUAUCUGAAAGAACAUAUGCAAAUACAUUCGGAUCGCAACAAAUCAGAAUGCAGUGUAUGUAAAAAAGAAUUCAAACAGUGCCGCUAUCUUAAAAAACAUAUGAAAAUACAUAUGGAACGAAACACAUCGGAAUGUAUUGUAUGUAAAAAAGAAUUCAAACAGCGCGGCAAUAUGAGAGAACAUAUGAAGACACAUACGGACAUUAAAAAGAUACUGAAAUGCAGCGUAUGCGGUAAAGCAUUCAGAUACUGUUCAAAUUUGCUGAGGCACAAAUUGACGCACGGAAACGAACGACCAUUCAAAUGUCACAUGUGCAGUAAAACAUUCAAAACAUCCGGCAAUCUGAAGAAGCACAUAUUGACGCAUGGAAACAUGCGGUUAUUCGAAUGUAACGCAUAUGGUAGGAAAUUCACACAAACAGUUAGUUUGGAUAGACACAUGGCAACACACGGAAGUUCGGGUGAGAAGCUGUGUUCUUCAAUAUCAAAUGAAGGCGAUGAGGCAAUACAAGCAGCAAUAAAAAAUGAAGAAAUGAGUACUAUGACUAAUGACAGUAAAACAAACGAAAAACGGUACAAAUGUGAAGUAUGCGAUAAGCAGUUCGGAUGUUCAAGUAAUCUGAAUCGCCAUAAGCGUUCUGAAGAGACACCAAUUGAUGCACGGAAACAUACGACCAUUCAAAUGUUACAUGUGUAA